GGUGAACAGCAGAACAGAAAGACGUGUUCGGAUGGACUCAGUGAUUGGUUUGAAAAGGAAUAGGAGGAUCUUCGUAUACGCGCGUCUUUGCCUGCUCCAAAUGAUUUUCCAAAGUACCUUGUGUGGAAUUGGGAGUUCAAUGAAGAAUUUGACAGAUAUUUUCCUACCUAUAUGGAAAUGUUGCAUGAGGUGGAUACAAUGUAUGACUGUCUGGAGCGUAAAUUUUUAAACGGUGAGGGUCUUCUUGAGAGACUGAAUCCAGAGUUUAAGGCAAAGUAUGCCAUUAACAACUUGCAACAACCUCAUUUGCGAAUCAUGUCCCGUAUGCUACAGAGAAAGGAGAGUGAUGUAUGCUAUUGGCGACGUACUGAUGAGAUCUACGAGUUUUUGGUCCAACUUAUCAAUCUGAAACCUUACAUUAAGCAAACUGAUUGUCUGGAUGAUGUUUUUGAUCGUCUUGAGGAAAGCUGUCAUCCACAAUCUGACCUUUGGCAAGGUUAUGCACUAAGGGCAGUUGAUCUUUUCCUUGAUUCGUUGUUGAUUUUCUGGGAGCCUCAGUUUCAUCCCUUGAUACGUGAGCGCCACAAGGAGGUACUGCUAACAAGUGCCCGUGACUUAGCUGAAGCGUGUGCAAUAAUUCAGCCACUGGAACCUGACCCUGGUGAUUUCUUGGCGCAUUUGCGGCCAUAUGCAUCAGUAUACUUCGGGAGUAAGAAGAAACAGUCUGGGUAUUAUACAGCUAAAGAACAAGAACGUCUGCAUGAAGAGUUCGAUCAUUAUUUGGCUACAUGCAAAUGGGAUGAUGCUAUUGACUUCUCUUCUUUCAUGGAAAGUGCUCAUAGAGACGAUGAGAACGGUCAGUUUGCAAAACUGGACAUCAGUCUUGCCAAAAUGUCCUUUGAGCGAAUGGCCAAUAUUUUUAAGCGGGAACAAGAAAUGGACUCUUACACUCAGAGCUUGACAGCUCUCCUUCUCAAUGAUGAGGUGAAAGGUCAACUUGCAAGUUUGAUGAACCUGCUGGAUGAAGAAGGCUUUUUCAGCAUCGAUGAUGAUUCUAUUGAUUGGGAUAAGGAAUCGUUUACGAAAUUAGUGGAGGAAUUUAAUGCUUUGACUGGCCAUUGCUUUGAUGGAUGUUAUGCAAUCCAAGCAAUAAUGGAUCUUCAAGAAUUCUUACCGAGAAAGGAUGAUGAUACAUGUCAUGACGUUGUUAGAAUGGUUGAUUAUGUAAACAAGGCAUGGAAGGGAAAUCUUGAGCAUUUUUACAGGGACACAAGUUAUUAUGAACAUGAAUACUAUGAUAUGCUUAGACAACCUCCUAAAAAGGUGAGUGUUUUCUCUAAUCCUCGAGAGUGUACCUGGAAAUUUUGCUUGUAUGAAAAUAUGAAGUGUACCAUUUAAGUUGCCACAUAAUGAAUCUGAUCCCGCGUGGCAGCCACUUCUAUGUUUGGCUCUUUCAUCCGUUGGUCUCUCUGCCCCACUCCUCCCCAUAUCCAGCACAUCCUCAUUAUUGUCGGCUUGCCUCCAUGAGUGCCCUGACUCUGCUUCAUGCCUCACCACCUUGAUAUUUUCUAAACAUUUGUUUGUCAAACAUAAGUACGGGUCAAACAGCCUAGGCUUUGUCCAGUUUUCAGAGUUGGGGGUUGCCAUCUGAGCGAUAUAGGAGUUUAUGAUGAAAAUUGACUUGAAUAAAUAGAUGAGGACCAAAAUUCUACUAUUUUUUGUUCAAAACAUUAUAGUUACUACCAUUAUAAGUUGAAUUUGGACAGAUCUCUAAAUGCAAAACCAAUAGUGUGAUACUUAAAUUCUUUGACGAGUCAUUUUGUCUAUAGAAGGUUUUGUUUUUGUACACUCAAGUUGAACAUGCAGAAAAAAUGAUGCCAUAUGAAGAGUAUGUCUUUGAAAUGUUAAUGGGUGAAUUGACUGUUCUAGCGUAACAUUCCAGUCCUAUAAUUGAUGGAAUGUGUCAUUCUUACAUGACACACGUUCCAAUGUGGAAUCUGAACAAUCUUAUGAGCCUGGUGCUACUUUGUAGGAGCAUUUUACUUGCCUUAUGUGCACUUCUUUUGUGUGUGAGAUGGAUUACUAUUUGCAUUUAACUGUUUUAUCUUUUGGCUUAUGUGCACUUAAGAAGAUGGAUUACUAUUUGCAUUUAACUGUUUUAUGUUUGCAAUAACUUGAACAUUUUGUAGUAAAAAAGUAUCUUGAUAAUCAUCUCGACCUGAAAAUAACAUGAAUAUAGGCUUUCAUAAUGUUUAUGCUUGUGUACAAUAUUCCUCGGUCUUGUUAGCCUAUGUUGAUGAGGAACACUAGAUGAGAAGAAAGAAAACACAUGCCAGAUCUGUUUGGCUACUUCUAGAUGCUUCCACUCUAGUGUAGUAUUUCUUUCCUUUUCUUUUCUAUCCUACCUACUGU